ACUGACACCGGGGAUUCUGAUCACCUUGUGAAACUUUCUCUAUAAGCUGUCAACAGAGCUAAUAACUGUAACUGCGAAGACCACUGAAGACAACUCUACUCAAAGAUUGGUUGAACACUGCAGUGUACAUUAUAUUGUUGCAAUGCCAACUUGGAUGUAUUUUUAACAGUCAGUUUUUCUGGCAUUGAUUGCUAAAGGCAAUAAUCCGACCUAGUUAACACCAAACUACCAGUAAAGAGACAUGAUGAAAUGGUGACUGGAUUUGAUAUUACAAGAAUGUUAAAAUGUCUCUUCUGUGAAAGUGACAUUAAACUUGACCUUGUCUUUUUAUUAGCUAGCUGAUAUAUUUUGAGUGGACAUCAUGAUACUUUCAUUGGGAUAUGCGGGUUUGUACCUAGUGCAGUGGCUGGUACAGUGGACGAGAAGAAACAUGUUCAGACGAGCCAUUUCUAAGGUGAUAGGGUCACAAGGUUUAAGUCUCGUGGUUCAGAGGUCACCACAAGGAUUAGAAGACCUGCUGAAAUCACUGAACAUAUGUACUUCAACACUGGAAACCCAAUGCUUACUGAACCCUAACAGGAAGGCUGUCAUUUCAUCCUUAAUGCCACAGGUGGAAGUGAACCUUUCAGACUGGACAUCAUACUAUGCCAUGCAGAAACAUUACCAUACAGAGGGUGGAGAAGAGAAUAUUAAUGUCUUACUGGAGGCUGUAAGGCCAACAGAUCGCAGUAACUUCCUCCAACGGGAGUUCUCUGUUCCAGAACCUCAGAAAAUACAUGUUGCGAGUCAUGGUACUGCUCUGGCCUGGAGGACAGGGCCUCCUUUUGGCAUCUUGAUGCGGUGUUCAUUGGAGGAAUUGGUUACUCUCUGCUUCGCCUUCUGUGAGGGAGCCUUAACAUUAGAUGAAGAACUACUUGUUCAAAGGAUUGUCAGUGUAAAGACGUGUGGGUCAGCUGCUGACCUUGUUCCACAGAUUGAGGAGUGCCAAGCUGGAGAGGACACUGUUACAGAGGAAACUGACCUCCAUCAAGAGCUGAACAUCAACAAUAUUCAGUCGGUCCUACUGAAAGCUCAGCGAGAUCGCCUAGGGGAAACUGUUUCAUGUGAUUGGUCCAACGAAUCACUGGCUUCAAGAACAAGCAUCUGUAGCUCCAACCUGUUGGAUUCUACAACCCCAACACCAUACAGCGAAAGUGUAGUGGAGGACGAGGCAGAGAGUGGUUGUGGUGAAGAACUCUGUGAGUUUGACUCUCAGUUUCUAGAAUCAGUAGAACGUGUGAAAAUGAUGUCAGGUAAUAUAAAACCUCCUAACAUUCUUGUGUAUUGUGGGAAGAAAGACACAGACAAAAAAUUUGCUGCUGUGAAAGCAACUUUGGAACAGUGUAUCAAUCUAGAACGUUAUGUUAUCUAUGCCUUAAACCAUGACCAAGUGAAGCGGGAUCCAUGGGCAGAUAACUCUGCUCUUCUGGUUGUGUCAUGUGACAGUCUCCAUGAUGGAGUAGGAGAUGCUUUUCUCCGAUACUUUGAGAGUGGAGGCAUCAUUCUCAGUUUUGGUAGUCCGUUUGAUGCCAUGUUUGUUGCUAGGCAUGAGAUAGAGCAUCAGGAUCACAUGGGGAUUUCCAAAGUCAAUUUUCUUACUUGGAAAGAAGUGUCUGUACUGUGUGGGAACCACUGGUAUGAUCCGAAAGAGGUCACAGGUGAAAAGGUCACUCUAACUGUUCUGGGGACAAACCAUAAUGGUCGUCCUGUUAUCUUAGAUGUGAAGUCACAGGCGGAGGAGGCUGGACAUGCUAUAAUGUCACAGGUGUUAUUAAACAGAGACCCAACAGAGCAUUCUAGUUCAGCUGAGCAGUUUACUCUGCUGAAACAAUCCAAUCAGGACCGUUGUGACAUGCUCAAAGAACUGUUACAGGACCUUGGUGUUGAUACAGAUACCAGCUCUGUACCAGUGUUUACACCAUGUUACCUGUUGUCAAACAAUGAGAGUGUCAAGUCCAAGUUUCUGGAGAGCGUGCAAACAAAGUUGAAUGCAGAUGGUAAACUCCUAUCCAGUACUGUCACCCUACAAUUUAUGUCCGAGUACUCCCAAAGUGAAGGGCCUGUCACUGAGAGUCUUUUGCCUGUAGUGACUGGGCACUCCACUGGUCAAGGAGUUCUAAACUUCUUCAAUGAUGAUGUCUACUUCAAAAACUUGUCCUCUACUACACUGGGAAAUACACUGAUGGUGAUUGAUGUGCUUCCUACCACAAUGCCGCUUUUUGACAAGCUACAGUUUUGUGUACCCAGUGGUGCAGGAGUAAUUGCCAUUCCAGGCAAACAGACGCGAGGCAAAGGCCGUGGUGGCAAUGCCUGGCUUAGUCCUGUGGGCUGUGCCAUGUUCUCUCUCCUUGUCAGUGUACCUAUGGACAGUCCUCUUGGCCGACAUGCAUCCUACCUCCAACACAUCACCUCACUGGCUGUCGUGGAGAGUGUACGCUCCCUUCCAGGUUACCAGGACAUUGACUUAAGGUUGAAGUGGCCAAACGACAUAUACUUUAGUAACAAGAUGAAGCUUGGGGGAGUCGUUAUUAAGUCAACCAUCACUGAUGGUGUUCUUCAAGCAAACAUUGGUUGCGGUUUUAAUGUCAGCAACAAGAAUCCAACAAUUUGUAUCAACGAUCUGAUCGAGCGCCACAACAACGAGACAGGAAACACACUGGAUCUGUGUAGUAAAGAACAAUUGGUAGGACGUACAGUGUCCAUCAUAGAACACCUGAUCAACCAGUUCCAGACUGAGGGUGAAAGCAAGUUCCUCCAACUCUACUGCCAACGCUGGCUACACAGUGGCAGUCGUGUGCAUCUAGAGGAGGAGAAUAUUGAUGUAACAAUACAGGGCCUGGAUGAGUACGGCUAUCUGGAUGUGAUCGCAGAUGAUGGAACUAGACACUCAGUACAGCCUGAUGGAAACAGCUUUGACAUGAUGAGGAAUCUGAUCUCCAUGAAGACUCGUUAGAAAAUUUCACCAGGAAAUGAUUCAUUCCAUGAAGAAAUGGCAAUAAAGAAGACUUCCAUACAUAAUUUAGAUAUUAAUAAAUUAUGGAGAUGUGAAGGAUAGUCGAAGAAGAUAUAUAGAAUAUGUAUUUGUAAUUUAAAGUUAAAGGAACAGUACAUAUAUUACUAUUUAAAAGUAGGACUGAAGAUAUUGCAGAACUCCACUUUAGCCAAGAAAAGCUUUAGCCAAGAUCCUACACAAGUAUUGGUGGAUACACAGAAACCUCACACAAAGUCUGUAUAGUACAGUGUACCAGAUCAGAGAGUUAGAUGAAUGUGUGGUAAUUCUACAUUGUGAUUGAUAAAUAAGAGCUGUACUUAGCUGUUUUGAAUGGAGAGUUAGAUAUCAACCGAUACUUAAAAUUAAAAUCAGGAUAUCUCUGAACAUGUAAUUACACCUCUCCAGGAUUUAAUUACAGCACAGGGAAUCUUUAUGAAAUUUUAUGAACUUUUAAGAUGUGUGCCUGGACAGACUCUGAAUGUGGUUUGAAAUAAUUUAUAACAUCAUUUGUUGCACCUGUAGGACUCUACAACUUGUGAUGAGACUGUUAAUGUUUCAAGUUUACCAUGAACAGCAUUUAUUUUCUGAUGUCAAAUAUGACUACAUUUAAAAAGCAUUUCUGUGAAAUAUAAAUUAGUUACAUGCGUCCUUUUUGAUAAAAUAUUCAUUAACAGAAUGGACCUCAAUUCCUUUAUGAUAUAUACAAAGUAUGUAUCAAAUUAGCACUGACAUUUCUUACAUUAUCUGAAAAAUCUUUUACACUUUAACAAUUGUAAAUGUUCUUUAAUAUAUAUGCAGCAAAACAUCUAGAGGAAAACAUUUUCAAAAAAACACAGCAAAUAAGUCCAACAAUUUAGUUUGGGUUGAUCUACAAUUUUUUCAUAUAUAUAUUGUCAUCUUAUUCAUAAAAUUGAAUGCAGAAUAAUUUUGUAGCUAGCAAAGACAUUUUUUUUCAUUCUUUUUUUAUUCAAGUUGCCGAAAUAAAAUAGAAAAAUAGUGAAAUUCCUUGGAAAGUAGGUAUCCUCAGGUAGCAAGAGGAACCUUCAAGCACAAUUAAUGAUUUUGAUUGGAAUAUCAACAUUUUGUAAAUUUUGUGCAUUAAUAGGAAUUUUGUGGAUAUGAUAUUUGUUUUAAUUUCCUACACCAGCUUUGCCUUGCUUGCAGUUCAUACCACAGCUUACCUUUGUGUACAUGUUAAUAUGUAAUGAAUUUUUUUGCAUUUUGAAAACUAUUUACAUUACAUGGUCAUAUCUUUUACAGUUAGUGAAAUGUUUAACAGUUAAGUGUACAUGCAUUAAUUAAAAUGAAGUGCUAAUUAUAUCUUACUUACAGUAAAAUGGUUGUUGGUGCCAAUAUGCAAAAUGAGUAUGUUUAUUUACUCAUUGAAUAGAAAUUUGUAUUGACUUAAUUGCUAUUCUUAUAAUUAAAACACAGUAAAAUAUGUAAUAAAUGGAUGCUAUACUUGUGAUAUAUAUGCUUUUGGGUUUAUCCUUUGGAGUUUUUUUUCACAAAUAUGUCUCUGUAAUACAUUUACACUUUAAACAUACGAUUUCCUUAAAAAAUAGUUUGUCAAGGAAAAAAGAGAAAAUGUUCUCUGUGUAAGCUAUUGAAAUGAUGAGUUUGUUACGAGUUAUUGAUUUGUGAAUAAAUUUCAACACACA